UAACCUGUACUUUUCAUUCAUCCACUCACUACUACGAAUCUUUGUCCUUAGUAGCGUUGUCAAACCCCAAUAAACGCCAAAUCCCGAUCCCCUCUGUCCGAGUACGUCGAUCUGCGUCUUUCAUAUCACAAUUAUUCAAUUCAUGUUUAGUCGCCCCAACCCCCAUAUCCACCAUUUCGCCACGAUAGGUAACGUUGUCGACACACACCCUCGCGGGGGUGUGACUGCCAUAAAUCGCGUAUGUCAGACCUUGCCGCCCGAGUCAAGCAAAUUGGCUUGACUCAAGUAUACUGCUCCAAGGAAAAACCUCUGGUCGACAUUGUUUUUGUCCAUGGAUUGAACGGCCAUCCCUAUAACACCUGGGCCACCCAUGGGAAUCCACCCAUCUUUUGGCCAGCUGACCUUCUCCCGGAAGUGUUGGAGCCUAGCCGAGUGCGGAUCUUGACAUAUGGAUAUAAUGCGAAUGUUGCCUCUUUCACCGACGGCGCUUCGAGGGAUCGCAUUCACCAUCAUGCAGAGACACUUGCCUCGGGCCUUGCGGCGAAUCGCAAUCUUCGAAGCUGUUCGGACCGCCCUAUAAUCUUUGUCUGUCACUCGCUAGGUGGCUUGGUGGUCAAACGUGCCCUGAUUUACUGUAAAAACGUUUCAGAUGCGAAAAUUCAGCACCUGCGGUCGAUCUAUGUCUCUACUUAUGGAAUCCUCUUCCUCGGAACGCCUCACAAUGGCUCGGAUAUCGCGAAAUGGGGCCUAUUACUGCAGAACAUCUGCAGCGCAGUUCUUCCCAAGAAGUACAUGGAAUCGUCCUCCCAGCUUGUCAAAGCUUUGAGAACGAACAAUGAAACAUUGCAGAAUAUUAACAGUCUAUUUGCCGAUAUGAUGAGCAGAUUCCAUAUCUACUUCUUUCAUGAGACUCUUUCAACUGAUGUUAAGGGGACUCGCGAGUUAAUAGUGGAUGAAAGCUCAGCCGCGCCGUAUGCAGAAGGCGUGGAGCGCAUGGGCAUUGAAGCAGAUCAUCGGCAUAUGUGUAAAUUCGAGGACGAUAACGCGCCUGGUUAUGAGGCAGUUGCAGAAGCUCUUUUACGAUACUCUCGCGAUGCCCCGGCUACUAUCUUGGACCGAUGGGCUGAGGAGGAACAGACCCGGAGAGCGGCAACACAAAACAAGCUCAAGGAUCUUCUGAGGAAUGAGAGGCCAGACAGUACGUCGCAAAUGGAGGGGAGUGAGCCGGAUCUCCGCAAAAUUGGUAACACCAUUCCUCCUCUGAUCAGCCUGCCUCCGAACACCGGAAGACAAUCCCCUGUAUCCGACAUGGCUGGAAGCGUAACCCUUACAGUACCUCAAAGGGAUUUUUUUGUGGUGCCACCAGGGUUUCAUCCAAACGCAACCUUUUUUGGAAUGCAGAAAGAGCUUGAAAUACUCCAUUCUAGGCUGUACAAGGCAAAGAACAGAGCAGAGCGCCUCAUGGCUGUUCUUGUCUGUGGAGUUCCUGGCUCAGGAAAGUCCCAUCUCGCACGCCAAUAUGUCUGGAGCCAACGUGAAAGAUACCCUGGUGGCAUCUUCUGGGUCGAUGCGAAAUCGCGCGAAUCAACCGCAAAAUGUUUCUGGGAUAUUGCUCAAGCGGCUAUGCUGACUGAAGCUCAGGAGUCGCAACAGCCCCAGAAGCAUGUAGAGGCAGUUCGAAACUGGCUACAAGUGCGUGAAGAAUGGCUCCUAAUAUUUGACGGGAUCUCGUUCGAUCAUCACGACGACCUCAACCAUUUCAGACAAUUCCUUCCCUUCAACAAAAAUUGUAGUAUUAUCUACACAUCUGUGGACAAGACGUUGCGGAAAAAGCAACGCUUAUAUGAGCCAUACUGCCUGCAGAUUAAACCCCUCCAGGUUGAAGAUGCAUGCAAGCUUCUCUUCAAAGACCUCGGUAUCAGAAAGCCAACCCGAAGCCAAAUCCGCAAAGCUACAGAACUGGUAAACCACUACGAAUGUCUCCCUCUGGCCAUCCAUGCGAUCAGUCACCGUCUUAGUGCGACAUCUAAAUCUAUCGAUAAAUAUCACGUUAACUCCCAUUUGACGGACGAGAAACUCGCAGAACCAUUUCUGAGCAUUAUGCAUGACCUGUAUCGAAUGGGACACUUCGAAGCGUUGAACUUGAUUAACCUUUUGUCAUUUUUCGGUCAUCAUGUCCCGGUUGGCUUGAUCAACUUGGGAAAGGCUGCACUGGAGACGUGGCACGUCGAAAUCCUAACCGGUAGUAGACCUGGUGAGCAAGGGGAUAUUGACACAACACUAGGGAUCCUUAUCCGAUACGGACUCAUAGAAAGAACCACAGAUGCGUAUGCGCUCCAGGCAAAAGCGCUGUCGCCGAGAUCCGAAAAGGACGAGAUCUUAGACAUGGCGGCAGUUGCGCCCGAUCUAUCGGAAUCGCAAACAGAAAGUAGCCAAGAUGCAUUCUUCUCUGUCUAUCAGAGUUCUGGCUCUAUUGACCUGAUCAAAAUCCAUAGCGUUGUACAAGGCUUCUGUCGAGAUGAGCUGAAGAUCAUGGACGAGGAACGGAAAAAAUCCUUUUCUGCCAAUACAACCAAUUCGGACGCUGGCUUUUAUGAUUCCUGGCUGGUGGUUGCCACCCGUGUCUUCUGCAUGUCCUAUGAGCACGCAAAGAAGCGGAUGGAUCGCGUUGAUGACUAUGGCUUAGUAAAGGACUAUCGGGAAUAUGAAAUGCAUGCAUCAAGGUUGCUGGAGAACUUUCCCAAGAAAUCCUCAAAGGAGUCAAAGACGCUUCGUGAAGCCCGGGAUGACCUCGCCCAAAUCAUGAGGAGUAUCAGUAAUGAGAUAGACAGGAUUUCACCAAGUUCUUCACAGGAAAUCGCUCGCAAACAGCGAUCUGUCUUCGACAGGUCGAGCAGUUCUUCGUCGUCUGUCCCCGAUUCUGCGACAGAUGAAGGGCCGUCGCGAAACUUGACAUGGGAAUUCAGUGAUGUGGUAGAGCCGAAGGUUGAAUCACCGGAAGAGAUGCCAAUGUCACCACCCCAUUUCAACUUGAAGCCGUUUCUCCCUCACAUUUUCCGAUGGUCCAAGGGAGAUGAUGAGAAAGGGUACGAAACUGACGGUGAAGGAUUACAAGCUGUUCAUCGAACGUCUCCGGCACUGUCACAGUUUAGUCAGGCAACGGAGAGACCAAAGUCUUCACGAUCUUCUAGUGCUGCACAUACUACAGACGAUCAAGAAUGGCAGGUAGUAGAGAAGUCUCCCAGGCUCCAAGCAAGUAGGGAGAAGCGUUCGAAGCAGAGACCAAAGUUCCCACGCAGCGCUUGGGGUAUAAAGCCAGCAGCUCCUAUCCUGAGGGUAUUCCCAGUCGAAGGAAGAAGCGCAUCGAGUAGUAUCCUGGAGAAAGGAAGUCGAAGCAGCUCCAUCAUUUCUGCAUCCGAGGCACUGACUGCCGUUCAUAACGCAAGCCCACCCUCAGCUCACGAGAAGUUCGGGAAAGCAGUGAAUGACAGGCUUAUGUUACAUAAGGAAAACGUGCCAACAUAUGCUACAGUGGCUGCUAGACGCACCCAGGACGGUGUUGCCUCAUCGAAGCAGCGGUCAUCAUCGACGCCCGGUGGACAGACACGUCCCAAGCUCCUAAGACUGAAAAGCAAAUCCUCCGGUGGCUCCCUUCACAGCCGAUUGGGCAACGCGCCGCUGUUACCAUUACCUUCUGAUUUCAAAUCAGAACCAAUGAGUCGAUCAACAUACAGUGAGCCAGACCAAGGGUAUCUCACCCAUCAAUUAAACGCCUUGGACUUGAGGACACCGCAUGAUUCACACUACCGUUCUCGACACCUAUCCGCGGUAAGGGCAAUGGCCCCUGUGGACAUGUCCGCAAGCACCCCUUCGGUUCUGACCUACCUGCCUCCUCUUCCGUACGACAAUAAUAUUGAGGUCACUUAUUCUCGUCGAGUGAGCGCUACAACUCAAGCAGUACCUGUCAGUCAGCCGCUCGCCAGCUUUAAUCCAAUAACGCAUCCGUCUGCCAUCAUGCCCGGCGCAUCUCCACCAUCUUCUGCGGCUGCGGAGGCGCCUACUGGAUACGCAUCAGAUCCGGCACCUGAACCGAUGUCUCGUGGUGGAUCAGCACAGUCCCAUCAGUCUUGGGCCACCGAGCCAGUUCGUUAUCCGCCCCGGCUCUCUCCGAUGCCCUCGAAUGCGCAUACUGCCAUACCACCCGGAAUGUCUCAUAUCUUGCCUCAGCAACAAACGCUAUCCAAUACUGGAAGUUGGAUACGAGAUGCUCAUACCCAAGGAAUUACGAGUGCCCUUCAAGCAGAUGUUAUGGCCUGUGCCCCACCUGCUCAAACAAACCUGAGACCGAUUCCCCCGUUGGACGAACGUCUCGGGGCAGGUACCGCGUGGGAUCCUGAGCCAUUGCCAACGUUGCCCUUUGGCGCCCAUAGAGUAGACGUUCGCGAUGCUCGUCAAAGGCUUGGUGGAUACGGAGUAUACGGGGCUCAGACGGUGCAGCACACUGUACCUUACAGCCUCUAUCACGGAAACCGGUCAGGGCCCCUGGUUCACCAUGAGCUCGAUCUCCAGCCACAAGAGCUGCAUGGUAUGCGUGCUCGGAGUGGCAGCUCUCCUACUCGGCCUGGUUCUGACGGGCUAGGGGUAAAUUGGUGACUUUGCGGAAUGAAGGCCCCACACAGAUCAGAUGCUCAGGAAGCUUUUCCCUGGCGAAUCAAGCAGCAAACAAGAAAAAAGCUCAGAACGAAAAUACCAAAAGACGUAUAUACCCGAGUGAUAGCUGGGCGGCUACAACCAGGAGUUUGGAGAGAAGAUUGCAAUCAUUGUUGUUUAGAAGACUUUGCAUUGACUACGAUGAAACGGCGUUCAUGGAUAACGAGUAAUGAUCAUGGUUGCAUAUGCACGAAUUGUAUUUUCGGUUUUGUUUAGAAGGCUGGAUUGUCCUAAGAUCACAUAUAUACCAAGCAUCAAUAUAGGAUUAAUUAAUAGAACAUUGCAUAUUUUCC